AUGUACAUCACCCUCUACUACCUCGUCACCCGGCUCCCUGACUCCCUUCACUCGGUCAGGGACCACUUCCUCUCCCUUUGCCCCACCACGCUCACCGUUGACCUCCUCGAGGAGCGCCUCCUUGCAGCUGAGAAGAGUAUAGUUACUGUAAGAGCCUCUCGUGGUGACCCUCGUGCCCCUUUCUUUAAGGGGUGUUCCCCCGUUCCCCUUUUGCCUUCUGUUGCCUCUGCUGCUGCUGUCGACCUCGUUAGUUUCCAGUUGGUCGGCGCUGCGUCUGCUACUAGUGGGAGGCGUCGCAGCGGCGGGAGCAAGGGGGGCAAGGGUGCUGGAGGAGACGGCGGGGGCGGCGGUGGUGGCGGUGGAGGCGGCGGAGGGGGUGGGGGUGGAGGUGGGGGUGGUGGCGGGAGCGGGGGAUAUGGUGGCGGCGGUGGAGAAGGAGGCGGCGGCGGCAGCGGCAGUGGGGGUGGCGGAGGCGACAGCGGCGGUGGGGGUGGUGGCAGCGGUGGUGCUGGUUGGGGUGGCGCUGUGCAGUGGGGAGGCCUUGGUAUUGGCCAGCGCCAGCAGAAGCAGCGUUCUCGUGAGACCCUGUCGCCCGAGCAGCUUUGUGAGUGGUACGCUGGGCGUGGGAGGUCUGGGGGUGCUGGUCCUUGUGCUUACGUUCUCGGCACCAGCGAGCGCAGUGGGGAGACGUGCGGAGGGCCGCACGCCAUGCAACGCUGUUUUGGUCGCUUGACUGAUGCCUGGCGAGCACAGUUUCCAGACGCCACUGAGCUCCCUCGAUGGGGUGAUCUCCGUAAGUCGGGGGUUGCUAUCUUUGAUCUUGAUUAUAAUGCUAUCCUUGGUGAUAUGUAUGCUGUGACUAUUAGUGCUGAGGUUGACUGUUACCUGUGUGUUCGGCCCGACCCGCGCAUUGAGGCUGCUGCUCUAUGUGCUAGUGAGACUGUUGCUCCAAGUGCUGGUAGCCGCGUCGAACUCUCAUCUGGCACCACCACCUUGGUCACCUCUCCCUGCCUCGUCUCCGAGGCAUGGCCUCCCGUGUCCUUGUCACUGGUCUUCCCGGACCCUCCCUCCCUUUCCCCCGGAGCCUGCCCCUACCUGCGUUCCUUGCAUCAAAGGGCGGCAGCGCGCCGCUCCUCACUCGUCCAAGGUCACGAGCGCUACUUUCUGCUGGUCGUUGACGACUACUCGCGUUACACCACAGUCUUCCCCUUGCGCCGCAAGGGUGAGGUCACUGAGGUGCUGAUCGAUUGGAUCCGCGCUGCCCGUCGUCCGCUCAGCGAGAGUUUCGGCUCGGACCUUCCUGUUCUGCGUCUGCACUCUAACGGGGGUGGAGAGUUUUCCUCCGACCUUCUUCGAGCCUUCUGUCAUGCAGAGGGCAUCCGCCAGACGUUCACGCUUCCAGCCUCUCCACAGCAAAAUGGGAUUGCUGAGCGCCGCAUUGGCAUGGUCGUGGACGUCGCUCUCGAGCUUGUCAAGGUAGCUGUUGACUCUGGUGCUGCUAGGGGUGCUGAGCCUGCGGGUGCCAGGUCUGUGGGUGCUGAGCCAGAGUGUGCGGAGCCUUGGGGUGCUGAGUCUGGGGGUGCUGAGCCAGGGGUUGCUGAGCCUUGGGCUGCUGAGUCUGGGGGUGCGGAGCCUAGAGGUGAUGAGCCUGCGCCUGUGGAGUCUGGAGGUGCUGGGCUUGGUGGUCCUUCGGGUGCUUCUUCCUGGCGGGAGCAACUCUCUCCUCAGCAGCUGCGUGAGUGGUUUGCUUGGCGCUAG